CCCAGCAUGAUAUCGUACAAAAAGGCCGCUGGAACUGCCAGAAGCCUGUCAAACCGUCAAAGUCCAGCCACAUACAAUAUGAAACAGGAGCAUAUUCCAAAACUGAGCCCUAAAACCCGGCUACGACCUCGCUAUCUUCAUCAACGUAUAUAGCAGCGCUAACUUUGCACUCCCACUAGACUUUUUCUCUGCGCAAGUCAAGACAGCUGAUGGGGACCGAUUUCAAGCGCGGCCUCGACUGUCACCUCGCCCCUGAGAGUCGCCAUGCCUGCGGCGAGCGAGGCGACCCCUGCUUUCGCCGCGUUCUCCAGAAUCUCCGUGCUUGCGGCGGGCAAGGCGGUCGUGGCUAUUGCCGCGCUCCUGGGAGUCACCGUGACGACGAGCAGCGAGGCGCCCCCUGCUUUCACCGCGCUCCUGGGAAUCUCCGUGCUUGCGGCGAGCAAGACGUUCAUGACUAUUUUCGCGUUCCUGGGAGUCGCCGUGACGACGACGAGCGAGGCGGCCCCUGCUCUCACCGCGCUCUUGAGAGUCACCGUGCUUCCGACGGGUCAAACGGUCGUGACUAUCGCCGCGCUCUUGAGAAUCACCAUGCCUGCGACGAGUCAGACGGUCACGGCUAUUGCCUCGUUCUUGAGAGUCGCCGUGCCUGCGACGCGCAAGGCGGUCGCGGCUAUCACCGCGUUCCUGCGAGUCACCGUGUCUGCGACGUGCCAAACGUUCGCGACUAUCACCACGUUCUCGAGAGUCGCCAUGCUUUCUGGCUACGAGACGCUCGCGGCUGUCACCUCCGGGAGAGUCACCAUGCCUGCGACUAGCAAGUCUGUCCCUGCUACCACUUCGGCCGCGACCUUCGUCGUUGCCGUCUCCGUGGCGGCGAGCCUCGAGGAUGUCGCUUGAAAUGCCAACGUCAUUGAUCAGGCCGCCGGGACCUUCACGGAGAGCAACC